AUGUGGCGUAUUAGCGCCGUUGCUGUAGCGUGCUAGCACCAAGUGCUCCCAGCCGAAACACCACAUUCAAAUAAACCUCACUCGGCCAACCGCACGCCUCUUAUCCAGCAGUUAAACUUGAGCCAACAUGCCUCCGAAGAAACCCGUUCCACCCACGGGAAAUAAAAAAACUCAAGAGAAGAAGAAAGAAAAGAUAAUUGAGGACAAGACAUUCGGAUUGAAGAACAAGAAGGGGGCCAAACAACAGAAGUUUAUUAAGAAUGUUACCCAUCAAGUCAAACAAAGUGUAAAACAGGACACGGACAAGACUGGUAAGAAGAUUGAUAAGAAGAAAGAGUUGGACGAACUCAAUGAGCUGUUUAAACCUGUAGUCGCUGCCCAGAAAGUCAGCAAAGGCGUCGACCCAAAGUCGGUGCUGUGUGCGUUCUUUAAGCAGGGCCAGUGCACGAAAGGUGACAAAUGCAAGUUCAGCCACGAUUUGUCAAUGGAGAGGAAAUGUGAGAAGAGGAGUCUUUACGUGGAUGAAAGAGACGAAGACCUGGAGAAAGACACGAUGGACAACUGGGAUGAGAAAAAGCUGGAGGAGGUGGUGAACAAAAAGCACGCAGAAGCCGAGAAGAAGAAGGCCAAAACGACACAAAUUGUGUGCAAGUUCUUCUUGGAGGCCAUUGAGGGCAAUAAGUAUGGCUGGUUCUGGGUGUGUCCAGGGGGUGAUAACUGCAUGUACCGGCACGCUCUGCCACCAGGGUUUGUUCUGAAGAAAGACAAGAAGAAGGAGGAGAAAGAGGAUGAAAUAUCGAUGGAGGAACUGAUAGAAAAUGAGCGAGCAGCUCUGGGUCCCAGUGUGACUCGGAUCACGCUGGAGACUUUCCUGGCAUGGAAGAAGAGGAAAAGGCAGGAGAAGGUGGAAAAAGCCAUGAUGGAGAUGGAGAAGAAGAAGGCCGACUUUAAGGCUGGAAAGUCGCUAACAGUGAGUGGCCGUGAGGUGUUUGAGUUCCGUCCAGAGCUGAUCGACGACGACGAUGCUGAAGCAGAUGACACCCGAUAUGACGAGGACACAUAUGAAGAUGACGAGCAAGAGGUUACCGACACAGACAUCCAGGACAUAGACCUAUCACGUUUUGUUCCACAAGAGGUCGACAACACGGGAAUUACCAUGGCAUCCAUGGACCGUUUCGCCUCUCAGAAGAAGAAGAAGAAGAAGAACGAGCCAACCGAGGACGGUGAGGAGCAGGUGAACGGAGCUUGCGGUGGAGCUGAGACCAAUGGACUAUCGGGGGCAGAGGGAGGAGGAAAUGACGGUGAAGGCGAGGAGGACGAGGAGGAGGAAGAGGAAGAGGAGGUGCCAGUGGAUGAGAACCUGUUCACAGGUGAAGAUCUAGAGGAGCUCGACGAGGAACUCAACACACUGGCGCUGGAGGAUUGAGAGGAAGCUCGUGUGAAGGCAGUUGGGACAGACUAAAUGUCAAACGGGGGGGCGGACUGAUGGAUGCAUGGAGCUAAACAACAGAGACCGGAUGUUUAAAUGAUUUUAAAUUUCAGAGACUCCAGUAAAUAAAGCCUGAUUAUAUCGUGACAUCACUGCCCGUCUCGUUCCCAUUUUCUGUAUCGCCCCUUUCACAUCCCACCGUAACCAUCUCUGUCCAUGGAGUGUCCUCAUUUCCACAGCAGGGCCAAUCAGGGUUAAUCAGGGCCAAUGCUUGGCAGUUUCCCGUCGAAGAGAAUUUGCCUGCUGCUGUUGUUGUUGUGCACUUCUGUUGCUCAACACGGUUUUAAGUCAAAAUUGCUUUUGGUGAAUUAGACUCCGAGCGCUUCUCAACCUUAUCAGUUAAAUAUUGAACUCAGUGAUUUGCUGAGGGAGACACUGCAGAGGCUUCGAAAUGAAAGCACCAUCCAUACCUGUGAGAGUGGACUGCUGAGAACAGCCUCUGUAAAAUUAAUAACAUUAUAUAAAGUGAAGUCGUACAGUGUGGGAAAUCAACAGCAGUAGCAUUUGCUCUUAUACCAAAAUAAAUGCAGUAGUUGGGAGAAUGUCAGCACUUUCCCUUUUUUCUUCUCAACAAAUCAUGUGAAAUCUCUUAUUGGGAAUGUUUGGUGAAAUUCACCAAACUUUGAGGGAAAGUUAAUACCUAGUGUCUAAAUCAUCUGAGACUAGAUUAGUGCUAUAAUACUUCAUCCCCUGCAGGUAAACCAAAUGAUCCCAUUCUGCCUCCACAAUAUUGUAAAUAAUAUUCUCAUGAGUUGCCUCCUGAAGAAAUAAAAGAUUACUGUACA